AUGGCGGAGAAACAGGGUGUUCUGUACGUUGCCUACAACUUGGCGACUGUGCCCGAUUUAGGCGCUGUGCUAGGGCGCCUGUUUCGUGGCCUCGAGGUCGGGGCCCAGCAGGAGCUCAAGCGGAACAUUGUUGUUUGCGAGGACGCAGGGCGAUCACACCAGCAUCGGCUACCGGAUGGAGUAUACGUUGCUAAACAGUCGGAAGCAGGACUACAUCCAGGAGGCGCAGUUCGCAGCAGCGGUCAGUGCAAGGUGACCAGGUUGCGGACGCCGCCCAGACGCAAGCGGGUUCCCGAGACGCUAGUGGAGAUCUGGCGUCCAGCGGCAGCUAAGCGAGAGGUUGCCAGGAUAGCCUUCGAGGAGCCGAAGAAGGCCAGGCAGAGGAGCUGCGACGAGAGUGGCGUGACGAAGACCAGGAUGAAGGAAAACCAGGUUUGCGGCUCGCCGCCCCGCAAGAGCAGCAAGGUGAUCGCCAACGAGGCGGAGAUGAAGUACCAGGUGGUUCCGAACUGGAAGUGUUUGCGGCCGAGCUGCCGUUUCACGAACUUCGGCUUCAGGCAGGAGUGCAAGAGCUGCUCGGCGAUGGCGCCCUGGGUCUCGCUUCUGCUGGAGGACCUCCAGGCGGCGGAACGCGUGGGGGAUCAACAAACGAUCCAGCCCCUGGAGCAUCACAUGCAGAUGCAGGAAAUCAUGCUUCAGCAGCCAGCGGACCAAAAGAGCAACUUGGACAUGAUGCUGCACACCACGGAGAUGGGCAGCGACCUGGACGAAGUACUUGAGGACGAUGCCGACCUGCUCGAGCUCGAAAAGCAGCGACACCUCCUGAGCAUUGUGUUCAGGGCGUGGGCUGGGGAGCUCAAGGAUAAGAAGAACAAGGGGAAGAAGGACAAUAAGGGCAAGGGCCGUAGAGGCGCCUCAGGAGCCAGCGGUGGGACUCACCGCAAGGCGAAGGCCAAGGAGAAGGAUGAGGCGCCCGAGGCUAUCACGGAUGAAAAUCUCGUGAGCAUGAUGGCGCAGGUGCUCAGACUCCUGGACAGCGGCGCGCCACAGGAGGUCAAG